AUGGUCAAGACGGUACUCAUUUUGGGAGGUUCCCUUGCGGGGCUCCACGUCGCCCACGGGUUGCUCAAAAACAAGAAGCUUGAUGGCAAGAUCAAGGUCGUUCUGGUUUCGAAGAUGACCCACCUGUACUGGAACUUGGCCUCCGUCCGCGCCAUUAUCGACGGCAAGAUCAAGGAUGAGCAGAUCUUCAAGCCCAUCGAGCCAGCCCUGACUCGCUAUCCCGAGGAGAAGCGCGAGCUGAUCAUCGGCACCGCGACCUCUGCCGAUUUCGAUAACAAGACCGUUGAAGUUAAGCUCGCGAGCGACGGCUCCGUCCGUACCAUUCAAUAUGACCAGCUCGUUCUGGCAACCGGCGCGCGUGCCGCUGCGCCUGACAUGCCAUGGAAGGCACUCGGUGGCUACGAGGAGACCGUCAACACGCUGCAUACCCUGGCCCAACGCGCCAAGGAGGCCAGCCAUAUCGUUGUUGCAGGUGCCGGCGCGACAGGUGUUGAGCUGGCCGGCGAGCUGGGCGAUGCCUACGGCAAGAACAAGACCAUCGUGCUGCUGUCAGCAACCGACAGCUUGUUGGGCGGUGACAGCAUUGCCAAGGCGGCCGAGAGGGAACUAAAGAGUCUCAAAGUGCAGAUCCAGUACAAUGCGCGCGUCCAGACAGUGCAACAGACGACCGGCGAGGGCGGCGCCAACAAGAUGGAGCUGACGCUCGCCUCGGGCGAGACCCUGACGACUGACCUGUACUUGCCGACCCACGGCCUGAUCCCGAAUACUGAGUACAUCCCGCCGCGCUAUCUCGACUCGGAGAAUCUCAACUACCGCACUGUGCGUGUCGAUGAUUAUCUCCGCGUGCAGGAGACCACGAACGUUUGGGCGCUCGGCGACAUCAUCAGCAAGCCGCGGGCAGGCUUCUUUAUUGCGCAGAAGCAGGCCACGGUUGUCAUCAAGAAUUUGGAGUAUGCCAUCCUGGCGGAUGGGUCGAAGAAGGAGGGCAAGCUUCCGGCCGUGUUUAAGGCACCCCUGGACGUGUUUGCCUGCGCUAUUGGCCCCAAUAGUGGUGUCGGCCGUGCCGGGGGGAUCAAACUGUUCAGGGGUAUGGUGAAGAUGGUCAAGUCGAAGACGUUGGGAAUGCAGUUUGCGGAGGGCUAUAUUAACGGGAAGGCUGCGUAA